AUGGGACAUGUUGCUAUUUUUACUCCUGAACUUUCCUGGUAUAAAAGGAUCACCAACGGAGGAUCUGACAGUAAGGGUGAGGAAUUUGGCAAUAAAAUCACUGACCUACAGAGAUUUCAGGAAGUCCAAAAUAAUCAGCUCAUUAAAUCCAGUCUUAUUCUAUUUCUGUUGAUUUCUACAAUGCAUGUGUUUUGCUGUCAUCCGAUUCCAUCUUCUAAGGUGUCUGGAAAAUCUGACUGCUUUGUCAUCCUACUGAACAGCUGCCCCAUGAGGAUGGACAGGAGAGAGGGACUGGAUUUUCUAAAGCCAGUUUUGGAGAAGACACUUAUGAAAAGGUCCUUUCGCAAUGGAGUUGGCACAGGAAUGAGAAACACUUCCUUUCAAAGAGCAAAAUCAUGA